AUGAGCCUAAGUUUCGAUCUUAACGAUCUGGAGGAGCUAACAUUGAAUGCAAAGCAAAUACAAGAGAAUGUAUUGGAGGAGAUACUCACACUUAACGCCAACACAGAAUAUCUCCGACAGUUUCUCCAUGGAAGCAUUGAUAAAGAGUUAUUCAAGAAGAACGUACCGGUGGUGAGCUAUGAUGAUAUUAAGCCUUAUAUUGAACGUGUAGCGAAUGGGGAGCCUUCAUAUGUCAUUUCGGGAAAGCCCAUUACCCGAUUUUUCUUGAGCUCUGGAACUUCUGGAGGGAAGCCAAAGAUCUUCCCUGUUAACGACGAGUUCUUUGAGGACCAGACAUUCAUCUCUUCCCUAUCCUCGUCCAUUAUAUCAAAGCAUAUAAAGGAUGUUGAACAAGGAAAGGCGUUGACGUUUAAUUUUGUUAGAACACAAUCUUCAACCCCCUCCGGUUUGCAAGUUUCUGCCGGAAUUACAAGCUAUUUACUAAGUGACUGUUUCAAGAACCGGCCUUCAAAUUCUUUUACAAGCCCUGACGAAGUGACCUUGUGUCCAGAUAACAAGCAGGCUAUGUACUGCCAUCUUCUUUGUGGUCUUGUUCAGAGAGACAAAGUGGUAAGUGUGGCUGCUCCUUUUGCUUCUGCAUUAGUUAAUGCAAUCACUUUUCUCGAAAAUUAUUGGAAAGAAUUAUGUAGCAAUAUCCGAUAUGGCCAUGUUAGCGAGUGGAUCACCGACCUUAGUUGCCGAGACGCUGUUACCAACAUCCUAGGAGGAGGUAAUUCCGCAUUGGCAGAUCUUGUUGAAGAAGAAUGCAACACAAAAUCUUGGAAAGGUAUAAUCACACGUCUUUGGCCUAAAACAAAAUCCGUUCAAAGCAUUGUUACUGGACAAUAUGCACAAUACAUUCCAAUGUUAGAGUUUUACUCCAACAAAGUGUCUUUGAUCUCUCCGGUUUACGCAUCUUCUGAAACUAUGUUUGGAGUAAAUGUCAAUCCCUUAUGCAAGCCACAAGAUGUAUCCUACACUUUUAUGCCCAACAUCUCCUACUUUGAGUUCCUACUUGUUGAUGAAGGAGAUAAGGUUGAAAUUGUUGAUCUUGUGGAUGUCCAUAUUGGGUGCUACUACGAGGCAUUGGUCACAAAUUACUUUGGUUUACGCAGGUAUAGAAUGGGAGAUAUUCUACAAGUGACUGGAUUUUACAACAAUGCACCUCAAUUUAGGUUUGUACGUAGGAAAAAUAUGGUUCUAAGCAUUAGCCUUGAAGCGACAACUGAAGAAGACAUUUUGAAGGCGUUGAAUCAUGCAACACCCAUUCUUAAAUCUUCAGAUCUAUUACUGAUGGGAUUCACAUCUUAUGCUGAUAUCUCCACUCAUCCAGGCCACUACGUUUUUUACUGGGAACUCAAAGCCAAAAACAAUAAUGAAAUUAUUAAACUGCAUAACAAAAUAUUAGUGGAAUGCUGCUGUGUAAUAGAAGAAUCAUUUAAUUCUAUUUAUCGACAAUUGAGGAGCAAAGAUGGAUAUAUUGGAGCUCUAGAGAUAAGGGUAGUGCAGCAAGGAACAUUCAAUUCUCUCAUGGAGAUUUUCAUCUCUCAAGGUGCUUCACCAUCUCAGUACAAGACACCUAUGUGCAUCAACUCUUCUGAAGCCUUAGAAGUUCUUGAUAACAAUGUUCUUGCUCGCUUUAUCAGUGACAGGUCCCCUCCUUUCUAA